AUGAUCGGAUGCGCGUCCAGCUGGACCGGGCUGGGUCCAGACGCCUGGAUACUUAGCUGCCGUGUUAAAAGCUCGGGAUUGCACCCGAGAUCCGGCAAUGUCGUCGACGUCAGCCAGGUCUUCGACAUCCUCAUGUACACGGAUGCCGAGGGGGAGAAGUACGACCUUCGGCAGACUCCUUUCAAGGCGCGCAUCGACCUCCUAGCAAAGGUUCUGGUCCCCAAAGAUCGCUGGCUCGAAGUUGUGCCUGGGGUUUCCAUGAGCACGGCGGGGGAGGUGCAGAAGCGGUUGGAGGGGGCCAUCGAAGCUCGAAUGGAGGGCCUCGUGAUCAAGGACGCAGCCUCCAAGUACUUCUUCAACGCGCGGAAGCGCGGCUGGUACAAGAUCAAGCCCGAGUACGAUGGCCUUUCUGAAAGCCUGGAUCUCAUCGUGGUGGGCGCCUACUUCGGCGACUCGGCCAAGCGCCGUGGUGGUGCCGGGACGUCCACAGAUCUGGCGGACAACUGUGCGCAGUUCCUCCUCGCAGCCAAGCGCCACAACUCGGGACCAGAGGCGUCGGUCGUGACGGUUUGCAAAGUCGGGACCGGCUUCAGCAUGGAGCAGCUGAAGGAGAUGCGCGCGAAGCUGAGGCCAAACCUCAAGCGCUACGAUCCUCAUCGCGCACCAAGCUGGAUGGGCGGCUGGCGAGGAGGACCCCGGUCCAAACCCGAUGCAGUGAUCGACUCACCAGCCAACGGCUUCGUUAUGGAGGUUCGGGCCGCGGAGAUUGUGCCUACCGAGGAGUACGAGUUUGGACACACACUUCGCUUCCCGCGCGCGGUGAAGCCAAUGCGCGAGGAUAAG